AUGGCUAGCAAAGGGGAACGAGCCAGUAAGAAGAUGAGGAGAUUGAGUACAGAUUCGGAGGGAUCGGAGGACCAAGGAGGGUACGAUUGGGGCCAAUCUAAGGGGAAACGGGCUCCAGCGCCAGUGCCAACUCCGAAGCCAAAGCCGUAAGUCAACCCUAGUUUUUAUAUGUGGUUGUUCUUUUCGUUUAUUGCAUCCUAUUGCGUUGUGUGAAUUCUGCCCGGGAUUUUGGUGAAGGUAUGAUCCUGAAACUCGAGAUGUCGUUUAUGGGAUGAUAUGGAUGAAUGCAACUUUGUUACGGAAAAAUCCAAGAACCUGGAAGUCACCGUCAGCACGAGUGUUGGUUGGACGACAUUGACAAGCAAGGCGCCGCAAUUCGUCUCGCCGCUGAGUGUAAGAAGCUGAAUGGCGAUGGAAGCGCGGGGGGGACAUGGCAUACAAGCACCAGUACCAGCACCAGCACCAAUCAAUAUUAA